AUGGCAGAAGACAAUAUUUCAUGGACUGAUGACCAGUUCUGCUGUUCAGUGUGUCUGGAUCUCCUAAAGGAUCCAGUGACCAUUUCCUGUGGACACAGUUACUGUAUGAGCUGUAUUACAGAAUACUGGAAUCAGGAUGAUCUGAGGGGAGUCUUCAGAUGCCCUACGUGUAGAAAGACCUUCACUCCAAGACCUGAUUUAGGGAAGAAUGUGAUGCUUGCUGAAAUGGUGGAGAAACUGAAGAGGGCAAGAAUCCAAGUUACUCAAUGCUACGCUGGUCCUGGAGAUGUGGAGUGUGGCGUCUGUACUGGAAGAAAACAGAAAGCCGUCAAGUCCUGUCUGGUGUGUCUGAACUCUUACUGUCAAAAUCAUCUUAAACAACAUGAGAAUCUCUUCAAGGGUACAAGACACAGCGUGAUAGAUGCCACUGGACGACUCCAGGAGAUGAUCUACCCUCAACAUGAUAAAAUGCUGGAAUUUUACUGUCGCACUGACCAGAAAUGCAUUUGUGUGCUGUGUAUGAUAAAUGAACACAAAAACCACAACAUUUUAUCUGCUGCAGAAGCGAGUAUUGAGAAACAGAAACUUCUGGCGGAGACGCAGAGAAAAUUCCAGCAGAUAAUCCAGCAGAGAGAGAAAGAUCUUCAGGAGCUGAGAGAGGCUGUGGAGUCUCAUAAGCACUCUGCACAGACAGCAGUGGAGGACUGUGAGCUGAUCUUCACCGAGUUCAUCUCAUCCAUUGAGAGAAGGCGCUCUGAGGUCACACAGCUGAUCAGAGAUCAGGAGAAGGCUGCAGUGAGUCGAGCUGAAGAACUCUUGAAACAACUGGAGCAGGAGAUUGAUGAUCUGAGGAGGAGAGAUGCUGAGUUUCAGCGGCUUUCAUACUCCAACGAUGAUAUCAAUGUCCUCCAGAGUUUCCAUUCUCUCUCCGCCCCUUCUGGACUUACAGACUCGCCCAGCAUCAAUGUCACUUCUCAUCUCCCUUAUGAUCACAUAAUGAACUCUGUCUCUCAACUCAGAGACCAACUGGAGCAUUUCUGCGAAGAGGAGAUGGAGAAGAUAUUUGCUGGAGGCUACAACAGCAAGACGAAAGAUGAGAUUCCUGGGAAUUCCCUGGAAAACACCCUGGUGGAGCUGCAUAGAGAACCAAUGACAGCACAUGAUUCACGGAAAAGAAGAACCACCACCACCAUAACGGUUUGGGACCCAGAGACUGGCAAAGAUGUAUUGCUCGACGAGGCCUAUCGUAUGGGUCUGAUUAAUUACAAUACAUACAUUGAAAUUCAAGGGAAAAAAUGA